CUACUAUUAGAACAUCAGGAUGCCAUUGCCACUGACCCGAAUGACCUGCUGAAUGAAUUGCUGGAAGGACUGGGACCUGUUCCUGGUGUAGAGUCUUUCCUUGGGGAAGGAGCUGUUGAUCCCAAUGACCCCAACAGGGAAAGCACAUUGAAUCAACUUGCAAAAACAGAGAUUUCACUGUCUCUAACAAGCAAAUAUGAGUUACGAGAAGGUGAAGAUCAGGAUCUCAAAAGCCUGAUGAUAAAGACCAAAAGACUUAUUGUGGAUGUGAUACGAGCACAGCCAGGGGAUACACUCUUAGAAAUACUAGAAACACCAGCCACUGCACAACAGGAAUCUGAGCACUUGAAACUUGUAGAAAAACGUGCCAUCUUAGACUCCAAAACUCCAGAGAAAAUGAAACACAGUCAGUCUAUUUUCGAAGAUGGGCAGCUACCAAUAGAACAAAAGAAAAGGAAAAUUCAGAGAAAUCUCCGGACAUUGGAACAAGCAGGGCUAGUGUCUUCAGCAACUAAGUACCAGGAAAUUAUAAAUGAGAUCGCCAAGGAUAUCCGGAAUCAAAGAAGAUACAGACAUCAUCGAAAAGCUGAAUUGGUGAAACUCCAGCAGACUUUGAACGCACUUAACUCCAAGACAGCAUUUUAUGAAGAACAAAUCAAUUAUUACAACACCUAUAUAAAAACUUGUUUAGACAACUUAACAAGAAAAAAUUCACGGAGGUCAAUUAAACUAGAUGGAAAGGAGGAGGUGAAGGUAAGCAAGAAGCUGAAGCAGGCCUCGUUAAAGUACACAGCUGCAAGACUGCAUGAAAAAGGUGUCAUCCUAGAAAUUGAAGAUCUUCAAACCAACCAGUUUAAGAAUGUGAUGUUUGAUAUCACACCUGGAGAAGAAGUGGGUGACUUUGAAAUCAAAGCAAAGUUUUUGGGGGUUGAGAUGGAAAAAGUGCAGCUCCAUUUCCAGGAUUUGCUUCAGAUGCAGUAUGAAGGUGUGGCUGUAAUGAAAAUGUUUGAUAAAGCUAAAGUGAAUGUGAAUUUGCUCAUAUUCUUGUUGAAUAAGAAGUUCUAUGGAAAAUAAGUGUCUUCAGAUACCAUGGCCUGCAUCCAUCAGUGGGAAGUCCAUUCAGUAUUUUUUGCUUUUAAACAUUUGUUUGAAGUUUGUUGGAUGCUUUUUAACUUUUAAAAAAAAUAAAAUUAAAACACCAAAUGUUCAGAGGAAUGUACGCAGUGCCUUUUCAGCAUUGAUAAUGAAACCGAAAAAUAGGAAGUAGUUCAAACAGUUCCAGAUUUCAUUGGUGUUGGUACUUUCAAAUCGAAAUAUUUAGGACACUCAGCUAUUGUGGUUGUAUGGAUUUUAAGGUAGGCAGAAAUUGAAUUUAGUUGAAUAUAUAAACCUCUUCCUAUUAAAACAUUAUUAAAUGCCCUCAGAUAUAUAAUAUACUUCUUAUUAGACUUUAAGUAUUUACCAAAAGAAAUUCUAAUUUGUUUCUAAGG